GAGAAGUUAAUGACUUAAAGUCGCGGUGACGCGCUCUGAGGAUUAUGCUUGGCGCUCGUCGCGUUGAAUCAUUCCUGGCUGCGAUUGCCGUGCCUCAAAUGUUCGUAGGCAAAGUCCAUCAAGCAACUUUCCGAUUUACCUUCUCUUUGCGACACUUUUGCUCUUGGAGGGAGCGGGCAUUAUUCUUGACAUAGUCGCACCAUCCUUCUCUUCUCUCAACUCCAGUUGUGUCUCUCUUCUCCUUCAGAUCGGCUCGCUACAAUCUUCCAAACCGCCUUAAUUGAGAUUCACACUAUCCCUCUGCGACUCGCCUCUUUGAGGUAGGCAGCAAUCAUGGGCGACAUUGUCAUCAAUCCCGAUACCUUCUUCGAACGUCUAUCGUCUCUCUACAAUUCUUGGAAGGCAGAUAAGAGAUCUGGAGAGGGAACAUUCGGCGGCGCAGACAGCAUCGUCGUCUUGACCGGUAAGGCCGAUCAGGAUACCAUAUAUACCAAGAACAAUGCUCUGCAUUUUUGGCUGCUGGGCUAUGAAUUCCCGGCAACGUUAAUGGUCUUUACCACCGCAGUCUUGUACAUCGUCACGACCGAGAAGAAGGCGCGACAUUUGGCAAACCUGAAAAAUGGCAAGAUUCCUCUCGAGAUCCUCGCCAUUGCCACGAAAGAGACAGACAGCCGUACAAAAGCCUUUGAGAAGUGUGUCGAUAUCAUCAAGAACGCAGGCAAAAAAGUCGGUGUCAUCCCAAAAGCGGAGGCUCACGGUCCAUUUGUCGAUGAAUGGGUCAAGCUCUAUGGUGAUAUCUCGAAAGAGGUUGAAGAGGUCGAUGUCUCUGGCGCUUUUGCAACUGCAUUCGCCGUCAAGGACGAGACUGAACUCAGAGCCAUGCGAACCGCGGGUCAUGCGGCAAGCGCCGUGAUCUCCGACUACUGGGUUGACGAGAUGUCCGAGGUGCUGGAUAGAGAGAAGAAAGUUACCCACAGUUCCCUUGCAGAGAAGAUGAGCCGCAAGAUUGACGACCAGAAAUUCUUCAAGAGUAUCUCGAAACUGCCCAGCGACUUCGAUAACCAGCAAUUGGAUUGGGCUUACGGACCAAUCGUACAAAGCGGUGGGCAAUAUGAUUUCAAGCUGACGGCGCAACCCAACAAUGACAACCUUCAUUCUGGCUGCAUAAUAGCCGGGUUGGGUUUCAGAUACAAGACUUACUGCUCAAUCGUGGCGCGCACGUACUUGAUUGACCCAAGCAAGUCGCAGACUGCGAAUUACAAGAUUCUUCUGGCUGCCCAUGAAGCUGCAAUGAAGGAGAUCAAGGAUGGCGUUGUCAUGAAGGAUGCCUACAACAAGGCUUUGGGAGUUGUCAAAUCCAGGAAACCCGAAUUGGAAAAGAACUUCGGGAAAGAUGUUGGAGCCGCGAUUGGCAUCGAGAUCCGAGAUGCAAAAUUCGUCCUGAAUGGCAAGAACACCAAAACACUGAAGGACGGCAUGACUGUUACUGUCACGACGUCUCUCGCUGACCUCACCAAUGAUAAGCCACAAGACAAGAAGGGCGCGAGCUAUAGCCUUCUUCUGACUGACACGGUCAGAGUGACCCGCGGAGACCCUGUGAAUUUCACCAAAGAAGCAGCUACGGACCUCGACUCCAUCGAAUUCUACUUCAAGGACGAUGAAGAGGACACGAAGCCUAAACAAGAAAAGACCAAGAAGUCUGGAGCUGCUACUAUUGUUGCUUCCAACAUCAAGUCGACCCGUUUGCGAGGCGCAAAUCGUGGAGACAAUGCCAAAGAAGAAGAGGAAGCACGGCGACGCGAACAUCAGAGAGAGCUGGCCCAAAAGAAGCAACGAGAAGGUCUUGAAAAGUUUGCAGAGGCUACUGGAGACAUGAACGGCGAGAACGAGAAGAAGUUCAAGAAGUUCGAAUCAUAUAAACGCGACGGUCAACUACCCCCCCGUGUCAAAGACAUGAUUGUUUGGAUUGACCUCAAAGCGUCGACCGUCAUUCUGCCUAUCAUGGGCAGGCCAGUCCCCUUCCAUAUCAACACCAUCAAGAACGUCAGCAAGUCCGACGAAGGCGAGUACACGCAUCUGCGGUUCAACUUCCUGUCUCCGGGCCAGGGUGUCGGCCGCAAGGAUGAUCAGCCCUUCGAAGACCCCCAAGCGCACUUCAUCAGAUCUCUGACAGUCAGAUCGAAGGACCAAGACCGAUUGUCUGAGAUUUCUGCGCAGAUCACCGAACUCCGCAAAGCUGCUACUCGUCGUGAACAAGAGAAGAAAGAAAUGGAAGACGUCGUUGAACAAGACAAGCUGAUUGAGAUUCGCAAUCGCCGACCUAUCAAACUCUCGGAUGUCUAUCUGCGACCUGCGCAAGACGGCAAACGUGUUCCUGGCGAAGUUGAGAUUCAUCAGAACGGUCUUCGAUAUCUCUCGCCCCUUCGCAACGACCAUGUUGAUGUUGUCUUCUCCAAUGUCAAACACUUGUUCUUCCAGCCCUGCGUUGGUGAGCUGAUCGUGCUCAUCCACGUCCAUCUCAAGAAUCCGAUCAUUAUCGGAAAACGCAAGACAAAAGAUGUUCAAUUCUACCGAGAAGCUACCGACAUGGCUUUCGAUGAAACAGGCAAUCGUAAGCGCAAGCAUCGAUAUGGUGACGAGGAAGAGUUCGAGCAAGAACAAGAAGAGAGAAGACGGAGGGCGGAACUUGAUCGAAUGUUCAAGGGGUUUGCUGAGAAGAUCUCUGAUGCUGCAAGAGAGUAUAACAUUGCCGUCGACAUACCAUUCAGGGAACUCAGCUUCAAUGGUGUACCCUUCCGCAGCAAUGUUCUGAUGGCACCAUCCACGGACGCAUUAGUGCAAUUGACUGAACCUCCCUUUACGGUCAUCACCCUGGACGAGAUUGAAAUCGCUCAUCUCGAGAGAAUACAGUUCGGUCUCAAAAACUUUGAUCUUGUAUUCGUCUACAAAGACUACAAUCGACCACCAACGCACGUCAAUACCAUCCCAGUUGAGUCUUUGGACCGGGUCAGAGAAUGGCUGGAUAGUGUGGACAUUGCGUAUACUGAAGGUCCCCUUAAUCUCAAUUGGGGUACCAUUAUGAAGACUGUCACCACUGAUCCUCACCAAUUUUUCAAGGAUGGCGGUUGGAGUUUCUUGAACACGGACACUGACUCGGAAGACGACGAAGAGUCUGAACAGGAAAGCGCAUUCGAGAUGAGUGACUCUGAACUUGCUGCCAGUGAGUCGGAAAGCGAUGCAGAGAGUGACUUUGACGAUGCCUCUGCUAGUGACGAUGAAGGCGAAGAAGAGGAUCUUAGUGAUGAAGGUGAAGAUUGGGAUGAAAUGGAGAAGAAGGCCAAGCAGGAAGAUUCGAGAGGUGGCGAAGUCGAAGAGGACAAGGGCAGAAAGCGAAAGAGAUGAGCUGGCUCACAGCCAUCGAUUUGCCCGCUCAGCGCUGCGACACGUCUCCAAUGGACCUGGAGUGGAAAAAGUGUUUCUCUUUCAGUCGUGGCUGUCACUUUGGGAGGCAAGCGUCUUGAACACCCUUAGCUUUUGCCUUGCUUAUGUAUUCAUUAAUGGCAAUCUUCAGUCUGAUUCUGAUGACCCUUUCUAAAUCGUGGUCAACCUUACAUCGGAUCAGGCUGAGAAGUCAAGUCUCUCCAAAUCCAAAGUGGAGUCUUGAGUUAGUCGUGAUCGUCUCCAACUGAUUCCAUCAUACGCAUUCUAGUAUUUUGUAUUUCUCAUCAAGU